GAAAUGACUGAAUGUGAUAAAUUGAAUGAAAAUGAGAUAAAAAUUGCUCCUGUUCAGUAUGCUUAUUUAGACCAUACUGCGGAUGUUCAAUUACACGCUUGGGGUGAUUCUGUAGAAGAGGCUAUUCAACAAUUGGUUGUUUCACUUUAUGGUUAUAUGACAUUGGAGAUCUCGUCUGUACAACCGACGUAUUCUAUGGACUUUACUGCUAGUGGACAUGAUCUAUUUUCAUUACUCUAUAAUAUUUUGGAUACCUGUCUUUACAAUUUUUCGACAGAGCCAUUCUUUAUCGGUUCUUCAGCGCAAGUUCUUGAUUUGAAUUGCCACAAUGUUUCUUCAGAAACUAAAGAAUUUUCGAUACAUUUACGUGUUUGGGGGGAAUCAUUCGAUUUAAAAAAGCAUCCGCCUGGGACUGAAGUUAAGGCUAUUACUUACUCUAAUAUGCAGAUAAUUGUUGGGGGACGGAGGUUAAAUCAAAGUGGAGAAGAAAGUCUAAGAGUUUUAAAUGAUGAAAAAAAUAAUAAAACAGAAAUAUUUGUAAUUAUUGAUAUUUAA